UCUAGUGGAAGAAACUGCCUCCCCCUCACUGAAUGAAGGUAUUAAAAAAUGAAACAACCCGAUCGCACAUUCAUGUUUACAGCUGAUGUCCCCAGUGUUUGCGCUAAGCAUAGAGAGUUUCUCCCUGUCGUUUUCGGUCUUUUGGUAGUGUCCAAACAAGCAAGAGUUUUUUUUUCACGCCGGUCAAGAUGGCGGCUGUGCCGAGGGAAAGCAGCCGCUCGGCAUGAGCAUUUUUUAUUGAAAAUUCUAUAAUUCACAGUGGAACUCGGACUUCGUGUAUACCUAGUCACUUAGGUAGCAUUUUGAAAUCAGUACCAACCUGGUUAUACAUUUUUCAUUGAUAUCUCAGUCAUCAUGUUCAAAUUAUAUUGCUAGUUCAGUUCGGACAUCUAGCAUAGCUAACGUUAGAAAUCGCCGGAGAAAGUACGGUAGAAUGGGAGAGAAGCUAGAACUGAAGCUAAAAUCGCCGGUUGGAGCCGAAGCAGCGGGUUAUCCUUGGCCAUUACCAAUAUAUGACAAACACCAUGAUGCUGCGCAUGAGAUCAUCGAGACCAUCAGGUGGGUCUGUGAGGAGAUCCCCGAUCUUAAGCUGGCCAUGGAGAAUUAUGUCCUCAUUGACUACGACACCAAAAGCUUUGAGAGCAUGCAGAGGCUGUGCGACAAGUACAACCGGGCCAUCGACAGCAUCCACCAGCUGUGGAAAGGCACUACGCAGCCCAUGAAGCUGAACAAGCGGCCGUCAAACGGGCUACUGCGGCACAUCCUGCAGCAGGUCUACAAUCACUCCAUCACCGACCCCGAGAAACUCAACAACUAUGAGCCCUUCUCGCCUGAGGUGUACGGCGAGACCUCGUUCGACCUGGUGGCACAGAUCAUUGACGAGGUGGAGCUGAUGGAGGAGGACACCUUCGUGGACCUAGGCAGUGGUGUGGGCCAGGUAGUGCUACAGGUUGCCGCAGCGACCAACUGUAAACACUACUAUGGAGUGGAGAAAGCAGAAACCCCUGCCACUUAUGCAGAGGCAAUGGAUUCAGAGUUUAGGAAAUGGAUGAAGUGGUAUGGGAAGAAGCAUGGAGAUUACACGCUUGAAAGGGGUGACUUCCUUUCGGAAGAGUGGAGAGACAGGAUAGCCAACACAAGUGUUAUUUUUGUGAAUAACUUUGCCUUCGGUCCGGAGGUGGACCAUCAGCUGAAGGAGCGCUUUGCGAACAUGAAGGAAGGUGGAAAAAUUGUAUCCUCAAAACCCUUUGCACCUCUCAACUUUAGAAUCAACAGUCGAAACUUGAGUGACAUUGGCACAAUAAUGCGAGUGGUGGAGCUUUCCCCCCUGAGGGGCUCGGUGUCCUGGACUGGGAAGCCAGUUUCUUACUAUCUCCAUACGAUAGACCGCACCAUACUUGAAAACUAUUUUUCUGGCCUAAAAAAUCCUAAACUCAGGGAAGAACAGGAGGCAGUCAGGCGGCGUCAACAGAAGGAUAAGGACAGCAAGAGCAACACCACCACCCCCACUAAGGCCCGGGAGCAGAAGGUACGGAACGCGGCCCGCAACACACCCCCUCAAUACGCACGCGUGCAGCAGCAACAACAACAACAGCAGCAGCAGCAGCAGCAGCAAGACUCGUGUGGGGAGGAUGAGAGGCCGGGGCUGCUGAGCGUGACCAAACCUUCGCCCAAACAGCGCCGCUCUCGCCUCAUCACCAAGGGACGCAAGCUGGGUAGCAAGAAGAGAGGCCGGCCCAAGAAGGCCCCCGGUGCUGCCGCCAUCCCUGGUGUCACAGUCGCUGCCCAGCGCAAAAACAAAAAGGGCCAGAGCGCUCUGGAGCUGUUGCACGCAAAAACGCUCUCUGCCGCACCAUCUCAGGAUGCAUUCCGGUCAUCUCAGAGCCCCUUCUACCAGUUACCUCCCAAAGUGCAGCACUACGCCUCCAGCCAGCUCCUGCAGGGGCCCACCCCACCUGCCCUUCAGCAGCUGCUGGAUAACUUCAAGGUUCAAUACAUGCAGUUUAUGGCCUACAUGAAGACUCCUCAGUACCGUGCCAACCUGCAGCAGCUCCUGGAGCAGGAGAAGGUAAGGCACAAUGAGCUGUCCGGUCAGGCGGAGCAGUUGCUGAAUGUGUGUCAAUCUCAUAAAGAUAAGAUCAAAGGGCUCUUCCAUGCAAAACUGGAGGAGCUGGGUGUGAAGGCCCUAACACUGGACGAUCUGCUGCAGGCCCAGACGGAGAUCUCUACCCACAAUCAGCAGCUGAAGGAACACACCGGACAACUGGAGCAAGACAUGUCCAAGCUAAAGGACCAGAGCCUGCUGCUGCUGAAGGCACGCUGUGAGGAGCUAAAGCUUGACUGGGGAUCUCUGUGUGUGGAGAGCCUCCUGAAGGAGAAGCAGAACCUCCGUCGGCAGAUCUCAGAGAAACAGCGCCACUGCCUGGAGCUGCAGAUCAGCAUUGUGGAGCUGGAGAAGAGUCAGCGGCAGCAGGAGCUGCUGCAGCUCAAGUCCUACAGCUCGUGCGACGGCUCCCCUUACCGCAAGAACCUGCCCGGCUUGGACCAGAGGCACUCCCUGGAGUCCGACAGCCCCAGACUCGGCCUGGGCCCAGCCGCCACAGCCGCAGCUGCCCUCAACGGCAUGAGCCCGGAGCUGUCCAUGAAUGGCACGGCCUCGCCCUACUUCGAGCGUGGCGGCAGCGCCAAGAACGAGCUACUGUCACGCUACCUGCCCAUCUCACCUGACCACGAGCUGGUGCCCCCCACCCCCGACGGCCGACACAGACAGCUGGGCCAAACGCAGCCUGACUACACGCGCUUCUCCCCAGCCAAGAUUGCCCUGCGCCGCCACCUCAAUCAGGACUCGGGCCCCCUGCGCAGCUUCACCACACACAGGGGAGAUAUGGGUGUGGUCUCUUCUCCUCCAUUAGGAUUUAAACAGGGCAGCCCCUCCCCCAGCCCAGGGGACCCCCAGCAGACCAGAGGCUCAGAAAGGGGGGGGAAGGACACCAUCACCUCUCUGCCAAUAAGCAUCCCUCUCAGCACGGUGCACCCAAACAAGCUGCCCGUCAGCAUCCCUCUGGCCAGCGUGGUGCUGCCCAGCCGAGCCGAGAGAUUGAGGAGCACACCUAGUCCUGUGUCCCAAGGAAGAGACCCCUCAGCCAGCCAGACCAAUGGCAAGCAGCCUCUCACUCCUACCUCAGGGUACUCGUCCAGCUCCGGGUUGGUGAACGGCGGGCCUCACUCCUCGGUGCUGUUAUCUGACCAGGACUCUUCUGCGUCUGGCCAGCCCUCGUACACCACCCCUUUGCUGGCCCUGCAAGGUCGCAGCCCCCCCAACUCCACCGGAGGGGUGCUUCAAUACGCUGACGGCCCCCCCAGGAUCCUCCCUGAGGACGGUGGCGGUGGUGAGCGGGUGGGUGAGUCGGAGGGUGAGGGCCCAGACAGCGAGGCUCCACGCCGCAUGUUCUUCUCCUCCUCCUCGUCCUCAUCAUCAUCGUCCUCCUCCUCCUCUCGCCUGCACCACAGUUCGGCGAGAGCCAGUCAGCAUCACCAGAACAACAGCAACCACCACCACUCGCCGGGCACGCAGGAGGGCCGCAAGCGAGGCCGCCGGAAACGCGGCUCCACCGGGGCACCAUCUGCCUCAACGUCCCCCAAGAGGAGAUCCUUCUCUGGGCUAGUCUCAACCGGACACCCCUCUGGUUCUCCACUCAACAUCAACUCCAUGAGUGGGUGUCUGCCCAUCUGCUUCCCUCAGGUGAACAACAUCAACCAGCCCCUGGAGAUCUCGGCCAUCUCCUCCCCGGAGCAGUCGGGCCGCAGCCCCUGCCCAGGGGACCUGGACCAGCCUCCCGUGCUGAAGAGAGAGCGCCCUCUUGAGCUCAACGGCUCUGGCCGCUACCCCUCCACCCCCAGCUCAGAGGACGAGGGCUCAGGCUACCCUGCCGACAGCUCCAGCUCCAGGAUUGAAAGGAAGAUUGCUACAAUCUCCUUGGAAAGCAGAGGAGAAGAGUCUGACAGAGGGUCUCUGGGCCGUAAAUCAGGUGGCAGCUGUGAUGUCUCCUCUUCCUCAUCCUCCUCUUCCUCUUCUUCCUCCUCAUCCAGCAAGUGGAAGUCCACCUUCUCCCCCAUCUCUGAUCCCAAGCCCACGCCCCCAGAGCUCCGACAGGGCGGCUCUCCAUUUCGGGCAGGGGUGUCUGACACCGAGCACAAGGCAAGCGCCCAGCAGCAUCGACCUGAUUCGGGAGCAGGGAUGGGGGGCAGCCCUUCUCUCUGCCUCCCCUCCAACCUCUUCCUCAGCCAAGACCCGGGGGCCGGUCGGCAGGGGGGCACUGGAACUGGCGGCCUGACCAAAGCCAGGCCCCGUGAGUGGGAACUGAAGGGCGUCGGCGGUGCCGGAGGCAGCCUGGUCAGCCAGAACCUCUUCAUCUCUGCCGCCACCAGUGGAGUCAGCGGCAUCCUGGCCGGCAAGAUGGGCGGCGCCGGCGUGACCUCCAGCGGAGGAGGAGUUGGCGGCUCUGGGGCCCAGUACGUGGGCACCCAGUUCCCCCUGGGCGGCGCCUCGGUGCUGCAGUCGCUGUUUGGCAGCCAGGCAGCCAUGCCCCCAGUCAGCGUGCCGCCGCGCCUGGUCAACGGCCACAGCAGCUUCUCCAGCGCCGGCCUGACGGGAGGGGCUGCCGGAGGUAUCUUUCACCACACGCUGCCAGUUUCAAGCUCCGCUGCUCCGUUUGGCUCUGCAGGCCUGGGUUCUCUGCUGAGCCUCUCCUCCUCCUCAUCAUCAUCCUCCUCCUCCCAUCCCCGGCCGCAGCAGCAGGACUCCUCUCAGGCCAGAGGAGGAGCCUCUGGCCCCGGCCUGGCUCUCACGCUGGCCCCAGCUUCUGCCUCGGCCCCCCUGCCCAUGCCCAACCGAACUCAGUCUGUCCUGCACACGCCCGUGCCCCUCACGCUCUCCCUGCCCCCGCUGCCCCCCCUUGCUCAAUGUCUCCUCUUCGUCCCCCCUCCCUCUCUGCCACCUCUACACUGCUGCAGCAUCACCACAGGAUGCACGUGUCUUCCGCUCCCUCUGUCUCUCUCUCCUCUUCCUCUGCAUUAGUGUCUACUGCCUCCGCUUCUGCCUCUGCCUCUCUCUCCUCCUCUGUCAUGUCCUCCUCAUCUUCCUCCCGCUCCUCCUUCAGCAUGCACUACCCCCCGCACCUGGCCCCCCUGCCCCCCUCGUCAGGCUCAGGCACCUCCUGGAGGACUGUGGGGCUGCAGGCUCAGGCCUCGGCCAGCCGGCCCAGAUAGCAGCCAGAUGCCACGGGGAGGGGGGUGUAGGCUUUAGGGACAGGGGUGGGAACAGUAUGGGAGAGAGGAGCGGCAGUGAGGGAGGGGGUCAGGGUCUUGCCCACACGGCCCCUCUCCAAUAAAGGAAUAUGAAGAAAUCUACCUCAACCCAGCGGAAACCUAUGCAAAGCUCAGACGGACAGGUGUGGACCAAGCCAAUCCUGUCACCCCACCGCUCGCCACUGCUCUGACCUUCCCCUCACCGCUCCACUGAAACCCAACGCCGGCACAGACAGCACCACACACACACACACACACACACACACACACACACACACACACACACACACUCACUCACUCUGAGACACAGCAACCACGGUCACUGUAAAGCAUACGGAUCAGAGGACUGAAAGUACUUGGCACAGGUCGGUCUGUCUCUGUCCGUCUGUGUGUGUGUGCGCGUGCGCAGGUGAGUUCAGACUUCUGACAGUGACUGUGCUACGUAGCUGAAAUGAUGUGCUCAGUGUGGAUGCGGUGUCUGGCAGGUGAGCUGACGCGGUUCUCGUGGCCAGUGAGCUCUCAGUGCUUCUCCGCUUUCACUCCCAUCCUCUCUAACUAUUCCUUCAAAGACCUUCCUGUUUGCUGUGCAGGUCGUCUGCACUGUUUUCAAUAGAUUGCUGUGUGUGUUAUCUUGUGGUGCACAGGAGUGGAGAGGGGGUUUAUGUGGAGGUAUAAAGAAGCUACCCCCUCCUUGUCUGUCUGUCUGUCGGUCUGUCCCUCUCCUGCACUCUCACACACACCUCCCUUACAGCUGCGUUGGCUUAGUGUAAUGAUACACUGAUGCAUGGCAAUGGGUUUGGGCAAAGCUACACAGCUCUGACCUCCAGUGUACACACAGACAGACACACACACACACACACACACACAGCUGCAUCUGUGCAACCAGACGCUACCACAGCACAGUCAGCUUCAACUUCAAGCGCAUAUACACAAGCAGACACACACACACUCUCUCAUACACAGAAUACUUGUGAGAAGGGGUUUGUGUGUUUCAAAGGUGCUUUGUUUUUCUGUGUUUUCUAUGUGUCUCAAACACACACACCUUUUUCACGUAUGCCGUGUUUGGCUACAGCAGGUGGUGGAGUGAAUUGUGAGAAUUCUCAGACAGAAAUUCAGUCUUUAUCAGGUCAGCCACGUCAACUGCCGCUUCCCUGUCUCCUCCGGCUGCACAGGAACACCAUUCCAACGCAAGACUUUAUUUAUCUGAUGCUUCCUUAUUUAAACGAGAAACGUGACGGCUAGCAUCCUGCUGAACCCAUGCUAUUGAAAAAGACUGUACAAGCCUUUUGGGGACUGGUGGUGUUUCUGCUUAGUCUAAUGAUUCAGGUAAUUGUGGUUUUUGUUU